AUGUACUUUGUGUCGACAGAGGCAUUGAGUGGCAAUGAGUUGACAAUCGGUGAACUCAAACGCCAGUCCCAUAGCAUCGGCGUUGGACUGGUUAACCAGGGGGUCACCAAAGGGGACAAAAUAGCAUUUUCGGGGGAAAACUCUAUACAACACGCCGUCUGCCGAUUCGCCGUCAAGCUACUGGGCCUCACAUUCAUGCCCUUAAGCCCUACGUUUGAGAAGUACGAAGUGGAACAGGAGGUCAGGUCUGCCGGCGCUAAUGUCAUCAUCAGCUCCGGCGAUGACUGCCAUAAGUUUGGGUCGGUUUUGGAGAACAACAUAAAUAACGUAAAACUUGUGGUCAUUAUCGACGGCAAGAGUGAGACUCACGUGACUUAUGACCAGUUGUUGGCUGAGAGCAGGGGUCAGACACUCCAACAGAUACCGUACUUCCCGGUCGACCCGUCCACUGAUAUGCUGUUUCUCAUACACACGUCCGGCAGCACCGGUAGGCCCAAGUGCGCGAUGAUACCGCACCGGGUGUUCAUCAACGGCACCGAUGAGUUGCCCCUUAUGUUUAGGUUCCGGGGCAUCGAGGGUCUGGAGGAUACGGUGUCGGCCAUGUGCUACCCGUGCGGUCACGUGACGGGAACGAUACUCAUACCGAUGAUGAUUCUGAACGGAAUCCGUUUAGUACUGUUCGGCAAAUUCGAUGAGCAGUUGCUGUUGAAGUCGAUCGCAAAGUACGGUAUAAACGCUUUGCCGGCGUUUCCGUCGUUCGGUCGGACACUAGUCGCCGGAGAUUUGCUUCAGAAAUAUGACAUCAGUUCACUGAAAGCUGUCAGUAUAGGCGGGGCUGCCUUUCCCGAGACACCCGCCCGGGCUCUCAUACAAAGGGGCAUUCAAAUUAAGGAGGUCUAUGCGAUGACUGAAUACGUUUGGGUCACCAAUGGGUCAGAUUAUAACGACGAGUAUAUACCGGGCAACACAGGCACUGUAGCACCGGGAUGUCAGCUCAAAGUAGUCGACUUGACCACCGGUGAGAGUCUGGGUCCGGGACGGGACGGGGAGAUCUGUAUCCGCGGAAACAAACUGUUUGCCGGAUAUCUGGACAACGAAACGGCAAAUCUGGAGGCGUUUGAUAAGGACGGGUGGUAUCGCACGGGCGAUAUCGGGAGGUAUGACUCGCGGGAAAGGCUGUUCAUUGUGGACCGACUGAAAGAGGUGGUGCGCAUCGGUAUCGACAACCACUACAUCAACAUCAGUCCCGUAGAGAUCGAGCAGUUCCUACUGACCCACCCGUCCAUCGCUGAG